UACACUCAAUCAAUUGUGAAAGAGAUCGCCCAGUGAAUCCAGUAGCUGGCUUUAUGUUAAAGCUGUCCAACAACACGGCAAACGUGAACGCAUCGAGCGCAGCAACGACCAGGAGCACGAACAGGAACAGGAGCAUGACAGUGACUGGUCUACGCCAAACGAUGACCAGCCCGACGGUGCCGCCAACCACAACGCUCAGCAGCUCCGGCAGCAGCAGCACCACCAGCCUGAGCAACACGCUGACAAACGCCGUCGCCGUUGCCGCCGCCGGCACUGGUGCACUGCAUCCGCUGGCCAGUCCAACAUCGCCGUCGGCCCUGCUGCUGGCCCAUCAGCAGCAUCUGCUGGCCCAGCACCAACAGCAGCAGCAGCAGCAGCAACAGCAGCAACAGCAACAACAGCAACAACAACAGCAGCAGCAACAACAGGCACUGCAGUUGGCUGCAGUGCAUCCGGCGCCACAUCAUCUUCACAAGAGCAGCUCCAGGCUGAGCAACUUCAGCGUAGCCUCGCUGCUGGCGGACACCCGGCCACGCACGCCCAACACCAGCGAUGGACCAACGAAUCUGUCCAGCUCAGCAGCCACAUCGCCCAUCUCUCAGAGCAGCGCUGCGGGCACGCCGCCGCCAGCAGCUCCGCCAGCAGUGCCGCCCACGCAUGCAUUUCAUCCCGCCGCUGUUGCGCACCACGCCCACUUGCUGCAUGCCGCCCAUGCGGCGGCGGCAGCGCACGCCCAGCAGCAACAGCAUCAGCAGCAACAGCAGCAGCUGGCCAUGGCGCAACUGCGUCAGGCGCAGGCCGAUGCACGCGCCAGCUCUCCGCCCGCUUCAGCCUCCGCCAGCUCCACGCCCAGCUCGACGCCCGUGGCUCACGCGGGCGGCAUCAGCUCCACACCUGCCAAGAACGAGAGACACUCGCCGCUGGGCGGCAGCAGCCAUACGGACUCGGAGCUGGAGUACGACGAGGACAUGCUGCACGAGCACGAUGUGGAGCACGAUGAGGAGGAGGACUCCAUUGUGGACAUUGAGGACAUGAAUGCCGACGACUCGCCGCGCUCCACGCCCGACGGCCUCGACAGCAGCAGCAAAUCCCUCGAAGGCUCGCACGGCGGACCGCCCGGCUCAGGCGUUGGCUCCAGCCACAUGCCCUCCACGAUUCUCUCGCCCGCCGCCCUGGCGGCCAGCGGUCAUGUGCCCAUACGGCCAACGCCGUUCAGCGCCUUGGCCGCCGCUGCCGUCGCUUGGGGCGGCAUGGGCGGCGGAGUGCCAUGGCCGGGCGCGCGUCAAAUGCCGCCCUUCGGCCCACCGGGUCUGUUUCCAGGACAAGGAUUUGGUGGAGAUGCCAAUGAACCGCCUCGUAUCAAAUGCAAUCUGCGCAAACACAAGCCGAACCGCAAGCCGCGCACCCCCUUCACCACACAGCAGCUGCUCUCGCUGGAGAAGAAGUUCCGGGAGAAGCAGUACCUGAGCAUAGCGGAGCGCGCCGAGUUCUCGUCGUCGCUGCGGCUCACCGAGACGCAGGUGAAGAUCUGGUUUCAGAAUCGACGCGCCAAGGCCAAGCGGCUGCAGGAAGCGGAAAUCGAGAAGAUCAAAAUGGCGGCGCUGGGACGCGGCGCUCCGGGCGCCCAAUGGGCCAUGGCCGGCUACUUCCAUCCGAGCCUGAUGCACCUGGGAUAAGUGGCGGCCAAGUUGGUGUGCGCUCAUAGAUAGCUGGCGCACCAGCCGCAGUCGCUCGACCAGCCGGAUUGACAACCAAAUAACUGAGCCACGCCCAGCCGCCAGCCGCCAGCCGCCGCUGCGACUCGCUUCGAAAACCCCCAAAAUUUUGCUGUGAUGUUAGCGCAUUUUAUUUACGAUACUUCCAAAUGUUUUCUGUAAAAUGCACUCUGUAAAUACUGUAAGCAUAGAGAAUGAACGACGACAAGAGCUCCCACACCGAACUCUGUAUAUAUACCAUAGAGAGAAAAGCAAAAGCCGCAAUGUUUCCUAAUUGUACAUAGAGAUCUAGCGAGUAACCCAAUCACGAAUUCUUAAGAGCCAAUUUGCGUUUUGAAGUAUUUGCUGUUUGUUAAAUGUCAACUGUAAAAACAAAAACUAAAAACA